CAACUUUAUCACAUGUAUAAAAGAACUGAGCAAGAGAGCAAGUCUUGAAAGACUCCACUUUUACUACUAACCCAUCAUUCGAAGAAUUACAAUAAUACCCUUCUUCAUUGCUAUUUUAUUAGCUAUGGAACAUCAUUCUUUGAGUUCAAAUUUGUGUACUGAUUUGGAGGGAUUCUCUGAUGAGGUUUUUAUGAAUACUGACUUUGAAGCAAAAAUAAGAAAUGGGUUAUGUUCAACUUCUUCUUUGGUUUUGGAUAGUCAGAGAGGAGAGCUUGUGGAGGCUACUGUUAGUGUAGGGAAAAAAGGGGUGUCUGCAGAGAGAAGCACUCAGGCUUUGAGGAAUCAUUGUGAAGCAGAGAGGAAGCGUAGAGCUAGGAUUAAUGCUCAUCUUGAUACUCUUAGGAGCUUAGUACCUGGUGCCAAGAAGAUGGACAAGGCAUCCUUGCUUGCUGAAGUAAUUAAAUAUAUGAAAGAACUGAAGAUGACUGCAGCUGGAGUUAGUGAAGGUCUUCUCAUGCCAAUGGAUGUUGAUGAAGUAAGAGUUGAAGGACAGGACGAUAAAGUGGAUGGUGCCCCUUGCAUGAUCAGAAUAUCACUAUGUUGUGAUUAUAAACCUGGACUCUUGUCUGAUUUAAGACGAGCGCUUGAUGCGCUCCAUCUUAUAGUAAUGAGAUCAGAGAUUGCAACCUUAGAAGGCAGGAUGAAGAAUGUUCUUGUGAUGACCAGCUGCAAAGAAGCGCAUAGUGGAUGUACUGAAGUCCAUAAACUUCUAGCAUGCUCUGUCCAGCAGGCCAUCAGGUCCAUACUUGACAAAUUUUCUGCUUCACAUGAGUUGUCAUUAAAAUCCACACUUUCACACAAGAGGCAAAGAGUUUCUCUAUUUGAUCCUCACUUUUCAUCUUCAUCAGGAGAUAUCUGGUGAAGAUAUUGACCUUUCUGGCUAUGCCAUUUUAUUUUGGUAAUAUGAUUGGCAAUAUGGCAUACAAGGCGCUGAUUCAGUUCACUGAUAGCAUAUUUUUAUCUUCUGCUGUAUAAAAGUGAGAGUAUAGUACAGAUACCUUGUGCCUGCAAAGUAGAUUGCUUAAUAUAAUCUAUUUGCUGUAAUGUGUGUUAUUGAUAGUGUAAUAAUUAAUACCAUUUUAAGAGGCAUAUUAUGAAAUGUAGUAUAAAUUCUUUGGCA